UUGGAAACCUGCCGGUGUUGGCAGGGCUGGGGGCCUGCCUGCGGGCAGGAGGCGGUGGGUCCUCGGGGAGGGGGGCUUUGGCCGCGGGCGGAACGCGAGGCUUCGGGCUCUGCCCUGACCGCGAAACGGCGCCCGGCCUUCCCCCAUAGCGCUGCCUUGGCUUGUCUCCUCCGCGGAUGGGGGCAAGGUGCGUUUUGUUGCUUUACGUCGCGUCUGGACGUAGCUUGUGCGCGUAUUUUUGCGGGCGAAGGGCAGGUUUGGAGGCCGGGUUAGGUUUUGCAACUGUUAAUAGAACUUCAGAACUACAGUUACGAAGGCUGCCUGGGUAACUUGAAGCAUUUUAAGCCUAUAUAUUUACGAUCUUGUUCAAGCACAAGCAGAUAAUAGAAAACUUAGCUUAAUCUUCCAAGAUGUUAAUGCCAACAUAGGAAACGGCAUCAGCGGUUUUUACGUAAGGAGUAUUAGGGGUGCUCAUAGCUGGUGAGACCUGGGUGUCUUUGUUAACUAAAUCAUUCACAUCAUGUUUGAUGAUUUGUGUGUGUGUUUGUGAUCUAAGCUUGUCAUCUCAGUUUUUGAGGACAUACAUUUUGCUUUCAGAUCUAUGGUUCAUCAGUGUUUCACAUACUUUUCACAAAAUGUCAAGUUUUGUAGAGCAUAGGGAAAUAAAUGUCCUCUUUAUUUUUCUGUUCAUAAGAAGUAAUUCAUUUGUUUGCGUCUUAGGACAAAGAGACAGCUCAGCCUUGGACAUUAAGUAAUGAGAAUGAUUUCAGGUGUUUAUAUUUUUUUCUGGGGAAGAGUAAUGAGCACCAAAGGCAGGAGACAUUAACUGCCUGAUUAGUGGAGGUGUAUAAAAGGAGCUGAAUUUUCUCCAGGAAGGGAAGAUAGUCCUUUUACAAAAUUUGGGGAACUAACCUAUGAUAAUACAUUCCGUAAUUGUGUCAGUUUCUGAGAAAAUUCAGAGAUUCCUAUGAAGAACAAGAUCCCUUAAAAUGGUGAAGUUGUGCGCCCAAGGCUUUGUGUUCCUUUGAAGACCUUGACUUGGCAUUGUUGAAUAUCCUGUUGCGCCUCUUGCUGUCUUAUUGGAGCACGGUGGAGCUUGCAUGACCACAUGUUGCCUGAGGUCUUCUCAGAAACUGUGUCAUGAGGUUAUCUUGCUGAGCAAAACUGUUACUUGAUGCCUGUUAAUAGAAGAGUAUCAAAUCGUUUUGUGACAGCACUUCAUAUGGGACUGUAGGUGUUCCUCUCACCAGCACAUCAUGGUAGAUGUAACAGAGAAGAAGAUGGAUAAUCCCACAUUUAAAAGUGACACUGUACUUUCUGAUGUUCACUUAUACUGUCCAAACAAAAGACAUCUCAUGGUACGACUGAAUGCAGUUGGACAACCAGUAUUCCUGUCAUAUUUCAAACUCCUUUGGAACACAGAAGAUUUGGUGUCUGAGAAACACAUGAGAGAAGCUACAACAGAAAGAGAACACCAGUACAGAAGUGGCAAUGAACUGUGUGACAAGGACAGGAAUAAUCUAAAAACAGAAAGAGAAUUAAAUAGUGAAGGAGUAGAAGCUCUGCUAGACGAUGAUGGAGACUUGGAAGUGGUCAGAAGACCUCGAAGUGCCUCUGAUUUAGAGGCAGAGGAUCUUUUGAGGGAUAGAGUGUAUCCUGUAGUUCUGAUGAAAGGGAAAGAAGAUGCUUUUGAAGAUGAACAGCAAGAAUGUACUUGCAGUGAUGUUGUUAAAAUAGAACAUACUAUGGCAACCCCCUUAGAAGAUGUCGGUAAACAAGUCUGGCGUGCAGCCUUUCUUCUUGCUGAUUACAUUCUGUUUAAACGGGACACAUUCAGGUGUUGCUCGGUGCUAGAGCUUGGAGGUGGCACUGGAAUUACAAGCAUUAUCAUGGGAACAAUUGCCAAGAGAGUUUAUUGCACAGAUGUUGGUGAAGAUCUUCUGGCCAUGUGUAAGCAAAAUGUUGUGUUAAACAAACACCUGAUGGAGCCAGGAGGAGGGGAAGUUAAAGUAAAGGAACUGGACUGGCUGAAAGAUGAAUUCUGCACUGAUCCUGAAGCUCCCUAUAGCUGGUCUGAAGAAGAGAUUGCUGAUUUGCAUAACCACUGUACUGUGAUAAUGGCAGCUGAUGUGUUCUAUGAUGAUGACCUGACAGAUGCCUUGUUCAGAAUGCUGUAUAGAAUCACACACAACUUGAGAAAUUCUUGCACAAUUUACCUAGCAUUAGAAAAGCGGCUGAACUUCACUUUGAGACAUAUGGAUGUUACAUGUGAAGCCUACAGUCAUUUUAGAAAUACUCUAAGUGAUUUGGAGAACCUCCAAGAUAGAAAAAUUAAAUAUACUGUGGAGCCCGUUAAGCUUGAUUUCUGCCAGUUUCUCGUUUAUGAACGAAUUGAGCAGUUGGAAUUGUGGAAGAUCAUUGCUGAACAGCUAACAUGACAGGGACAUGAGAAAAUAGAAGAUCUUUAUCUAAGGAUAAAAGCUUUUUUGUAUUAAAAAAGGAUUUUCAUCCCAAGAAAAGCAUUUUCCUGCUGGAACUGUGUUCUCAGAAAGUAUUGCUAUGCAGAUUUGCUUUACUUCAGUAAGUUUUGGGUUUGGCACUUAGGUUUCUUUGAUGUUUCUUUUACAAAACUGUUUAAUAUUGAUCUUCAGAGUACAUGCUGGGUGCCAAACAGUGGCAGUGACACAGUGACUUGCUCUUUGGGAUUCACGACUUAGGUUUUAGUCUGACAAAGAGGUAUUUAACCUUUUCCAUGUGUCUGAUUGGCAGAUGUCAUGCAUUUUCCUUUACAAUUUUCUGAACAUGGACACUGUUCUUGGUCUCAUCCCAGUUCCACAUUAUUUGUAUUUAUGGACAUUUGUGAAACAGUGUUCUGGGCAAGACCUGUUUGUCUUUCAUGGACUUUUCUUUAAGCAAUCUGUUUACGAAACUUAAUCCUUAAUUUUCAUUUUGUCCUAUCUAAAUUGUUCUAGUUUAGGGCUACUGUUGGAACUGAAAGGGAGACAAGAUGCAUUUUGUUUGAACCUCUAAAGGUUUUGGAGCUAUAUUGUCCUGCUGGAAUUAUAAGCUAUUCUGUCCUUGCCAGGUUGAGGGUGGGAAGGUACCAUGUGAAGUGAUAUGCUACUGCUCUUUAAAUGUUUGGAAUUCUGCCCUCAACGUAUACGUGUGAGGCUGGGGAGGAGGGGGUGACAAAGAAUGUCUUGCCCAUAUAAAUGGAGCCUUCAGUAUCUUAGCUUUUGGAUUAAAGUACAACAUAUUGAUCAAAUCUCUCCUGUGUUAUUAAUGAAACCAAAAAUCUGUUUGUACUUUCUAAAAUUUUAUGUGUACUGUUAUGUUUAUGUCACUUGCCAUAUGUACGCUGUCACGGAAGUUCUUGUGCCUGCUGGAUACUUUAGCAUUAUGAGAGUAUCGGUGAUGAAGCUGUUCCGGCCUGUGACUCGUGGGAGUCUGCAUACAUUAUAUUAGAAGCAUCUGUUUGACUUCUUGAAAGCCUGUUUUACAUUUGGUUUAAUUCAGUUGGUUUAGGUUAGUUAUUUCAUAACCUGCUUAGGUGUAUGAAGACAUAUUUUCUUCAUGUUCUUUAAUGAGAUGAAGGGUUAUUAGAUGAUGAUGGUCUUUUCUUGUGAGUAUAGUUAAAGCAAAAAUUUACAUUAUCUUAGCAUAUAUCUGCCUAGAUUAAUACAGAACUUCUCUCUCAGAACCCUCAUUUGAACUUCAAAGAUAUAAAACUGUAUUUUAAUCCAAAGAUUUCCAAACUAGUGUUCUUUUGUUUGUUUGUUUUGCAAUGCUAUUAACUUUGGUAGAUUAACUGAAAACAACUGGUUUUGAAUGUAGCUGCUUAUUUAAGUAGUAAUUUUUUGCUACAGUCUUCAAAAAAUUACUACUUAAAUAAGCAGCUACAUUCAAAACCAAUUGCUUUCAGUUAAUUUGAACUGAUGUGAGAUAGCAUGUGCAGUUAGAGAAGAUUUUUGUCUUGCACAGGACUUCCGAAAGUCUUUGGAAUUAUCAGCAGAAAGUCAUCUGGGUAGAGGGAUACUGUAGCUCUUUUAAAUGUAGAAAUCGGACAUUUUACCACAGCUGACUUAAAUUAACAUCUGAAAAAGAUUUUUAUACUUGUAUCUUUGGUUGAGUAAAUACAAACAUCAUGGCUGCUUGGGAAGCAAGCUGAAGUAGGAUUUCCUCCUAAGGAAACAAAGUUAAUCUUUCUGUUGAAGGGAAGCAACAGCUUUGAGGGUUCAGUGGCAGAGAUCUAAAGGCCAAAUUGCAAAUUUGGAUGUGACCCUUUUGACUGGUGAUAAGGAAUAGUCAAAAGCAGGCAACAAUUCUAAGACCACAAGAAUCACAAGAGUCUCACAAUGCCUUAGCUUUGCAGUCUUAAUGAGAGAUAAUAUAGCCUG